CUUGCACUCUGACCACAGAUCGAGGCCAGUCCUCUACCCUCUCCGACCCACAUUCCUUAACAACACACGCUCACUAGCAACCGACUCUCCUUCACAAUCUCUGCGGCGCUUACUCUUUUGUGACUCGUUUCCCAGAAAGAAAAACGAAAAAAUCAUCCUAGACCAAAAAACAACAAUGCAGCUCACCUACCUCCUCCUUGCGCUGCCCCUUGGCGCCUUCGCCAGCUCCUUCCAGACCGUUCCUCACCGUCGGCAUCAUGCUCGCGCCGCUAAGCGCCAGGCCAUCAAGGUCGCCGACACCCUUCAGCCAGAACUGUCCAUCCCCUCAACGGGUGGGCAGAAAGCCGUCUUUGCUCACCACAUGAUUGGCAACACGUACGGGUACACGCAGGACACUUGGACCUCCGACGUCCAGCUCGCGUCAUCCAAAGGCCUUGACGCUUUUGCGCUCAACUUUGGCUCUGACAGCUGGCAGCCUCAGCGGAUUCAGGACGCUUACUCGGCUGCGUCCGGCACCGGCUUCAAGAUGUUCGUCUCAAUGGACAUGACCGUCAUGCCCUGUGCAUCUCAGAGCGAUGCCGACAACCUCUUCAACACCUUCGUUGCGCCGUAUUUGAGCCACCCCAGCCAGAUGAUGUACCAGGGCAGGCCGCUCGUGUCUACGUUCUCCGGCGAGAGCUGCACGUUCGGUUUCGGCUCGGUCAAUGACGGCUGGAACUACUUCACUUCCAAGGCUAGCAUGUUCUUCAUGCCCGCGUUCAACAACGACCCCGCGACCGCUGCCUCGUGGUCCGCCGUCGAUGGCCUUUUCCCUUGGAACUCGGGCUGGAACUACCAACCCACGAACGAGGCUGUCAUUGACACGACCGUCAUUAACGCGCUCGGCGGCAAGCCCUACAUGGCCGCCGUCUCCCCGCACUUCUUCACCCACUACGGUGCCAACUCGUUCAAUAAGAACUUCCUUUUCCCAUCGGACAACUUCUGGUUCGCCAACCGCUGGGCACUUGUCGUUUCUCAACGCAAUCUCUUCGAUCUCGUUGAGAUGACCACCUGGAACGAUUAUGGCGAGAGUUCGUACCUUGGCCCUCUUAACGGCGACGAACCCACCGGCACCACAUGGACGUCUGGCUUCGACCACACACCCCUCCUUGAUAUCGCCGCGUACUACAUCAGCGCGUUCAAGACCGGCAACGCACCAACCAUCACUGAGGAUGCCAUCUAUCUGUGGUCGCGCCCGCAUCUCAAGGGGGCCUCAGCGCCCGAUCCGAUUGGUGUGCCUACGUACGCGGACACCACUGAUGAUGUUAUCUAUGCACUCGUCCUCGCCACUUCCACUGCGUCCGUCCAGGUCUGCGCCGGUUCCUCCUGCCAGACAUUCACCGCCAACCCGGGUGUGAACCAAUUCACUGUCAACAUGGUUCCCGGCUCCGGCAUGUCCGCCUCGAUGACACGCAAUGGCCAGACCGUCGUCAACGUUGACGGUGGUUCGUUCACUGUUGAGGGCAGCCCCUCUCUGUACAACUUUAACAUCGCUGUUUUCGGUGCCACAAGUAACGGUGGCUCGCCUUCCUCCCCCGGUUCGUCGCCGGGCUCUUCCACCGCUGGCUCUUCCAGCUCCAGUUCUUCAUCAAGCUCUAGUGCGAGCCCCACUUCCGCCUCCGCUGCGAAGUGCAAGAAGAAAUAAAUCUCACGAAAUGUGACGAUACCGACCGUGCCAGCCGCGCCGGCGCCAAUGCAUGGCUAUACCCCUGGCGUGCGCAAGCCGCGCGCCAGCCGAUCUCCCGCUCUUUCUCUGCUCUACUUACCAGCAAUUGGCAUUCACACUACAUUUGAUUUACACGACUCGAAACUUUGAAAGGGAUUUUGGGACAAGGCUACUGCCUUGCUUUCUAUCCAGAGGAUAUCACGAUCCGCACGGCGUAUUACGCAUUUAAGAGCUCCAGGAGGGCCGGACGGCAUGCGCAUUCGCUUGCCCUCUCCGAUAUUUUUUGUUGUACAGCUCUCUUGGGAUAAGGCUGGAACUUGGCAAACAGCAUCUACACGAUGUGUGGUACGCAUGGACCACAGGUUUUUGUUGGCGAUAAUCUUGAAGAUUAGUUGGUUUGAGAAAUGGAUUGUUGUUCUAUACAAGCAACUGUCUCUCGAAA